GUUACAUAUGCAGUGGUUUCCUGCCGCCCCUUUCUGUGUGUGCUCUAACCGUGAGCGAUGGCGCGCCUAAAGCACAAAGCGGGCCCGCCGCCUGCAGCCGCCGAUAAGUCGGAAAACCGGCGUCGUUUAAACAUGGAGAGGUCGGCUUACUUCUCCCGGAGAGAGGCUGCGAAGGUAUUGAAGCUCGUCCUCCAAGGCGACGCCAAGAAGCGGUCCGUCGGCACCAUCAAGUCGCUCGUUUACAGUCCCUCCGUCAGGAACAAGAAAGGCACUUUCGCUUUGGUUUGCCAAACCCUAAAGUAUCUUCAGAUUAUCCAAGAGGUCUUGAAUGCUGCCGAAGUACUGAAUAGCAAGUGGAAGAAGCAAGAUGAGUUGGUUUACAUAGUCACCUACGACAUCCUUUUCGGUCAGGUGAGUUCAUCCGCAAUAGGUGAUGCGGAGAAGUAUCUCAUGCGUCGCCAAGAAGCUCUGCGGUCCGCUCUGGCCCGGCUUUUGGUGAAGAAAAAAGUGAAGAAAGUUGAAGACUUGAUAGCUCUUUAUGAAAUUCCCGAUAUCUCAAUACCUCGUCAUGUUCGAGUAAAUACUCUGAAAAUGGAUGUUGACACUGCCUUACUUGAAUUAAAGAAGCAAUUUCAGGUUCAAAAGGAUGACCUGGUUCCUCACUUGUUGGUUCUUCCACCGGGUAGUGAUCUUCACGAUCAUCCUCUAAUAAAGGAUGGAAGUAUUUUUAUGCAAGGAAAGGCAAGCUCUAUGGUGGCUGCAGCCCUUGCUCCGAAACCAGGAUGGGAGGUUCUUGAUGCAUGCUCGGCUCCUGGAAACAAAACUGUGCACCUUGCAGCUCUUAUGAGAGGAGAGGGAAAAGUAAUAGCAUGUGAACUGAAUGAAGACAGGGUUAAACGUUUAAAAGAGACUAUCAGACUUUCUGGUGCUUCUAAUAUUAAGGUUGUGCAUGGAGAUUUCUUAGACUUAAACCCUGAAGAUCCUCAAUUUUCCAAGGUCCGGGCCAUUCUUUUAGAUCCUUCCUGCUCUGGAUCUGGGACUGCUUCUGCAAGAUUAGAUCAUUUGCUCCCAUCUGCUGCUCCAGGUCAGGGUGCCGAUUUUGCCAGCACAGAAAGACUUAACAAGCUCGCCGCCUUUCAGAGAAAAGCUCUGGCUCAUGCUUUAUCUUUUCCAGAAGUGGAGAGAGUUGUUUACAGCACAUGCUCUGUCAACCAAGUCGAAAACGAAGAUGUCGUUAAAUCUGUGCUACCACUUGCUGCAUCCAAUGAUUUCCAACUGGAAACCCCCUUCCCGAAAUGGCACCGCCGUGGUCUCCCCGUUAUCGAGGGCGCCGAAUGCUUGAUUAGGACCGAUCCGAAGGAGGACAAAGAAGGCUUCUUCAUCGCUCUGUUUUCCAGGAGCUCCAGCACCCAACAAGAGGCGCCUAAUGGAACCGGCAGAGACGCCACCGAAGCCUCAAAGAGGCAGAGAAAUUAUGCAGUGCCUCAUCUCAAUCUAUUUAAAACGUGGACACAUGCGCAGCGGAUGUGGCGUAAUAAUUCUAGCCACACUCACAGUCAAUGUCAUUGUUGCUAAAACAUUAACUCCUUUUAUUUCAAAAGCUUUUCGUUUAAGCAACUUUUGCUACGAUUCUGUUCUCUUAUGAUGUCCAAUGAUUCGAUUUUUCGCGUAA